UCACAGCAGCAGACAGGGCAUGAGUGUGAGCUCUGUAAUACCAAUCCCACAUCCAGACCUAUAAACAGAUGAUACUGGCAGACUCCAAAGCUGGAUCUACUGGCAAUCCUUAAAGACUCUGAUUUCCAUUGGGAUUUUUAUUUUUAUUUAAAAAAACAUUUUCCUGUAAGGUACAGCUUGGAAACCUGUGUCUAAAAGAGAAUUGCUGAAAAGCCUGUGUGGAAAAUUACACAAGCACAUGGAGACAAAGGUGACCACCAGUUCUCACAUCAGUACACCGCUCUCCUUUUCAGGAGUUUAAGGAGAAACGAGCGAGGGAAAAGAUCUUCAUGAGCACCAGAAAAUCCAGCGAUAAAACACACUGAGACACAGGCAGCAAAAUGUGGACACAAAACAUGACACGUGUCUCUUUCCUAUAUCUCCUCCAUGUUCUCCUGGUUGGAUGGGGUCAAGCAGCAGAAGACGAUGUCACCCCUCGCCUCAGUUUCUCUUACAAUGCAAACGAGAGGUCGGCCAAGAGAUUUUCACCCGACAGAGUCUUCAAUUACACCUCUCUGCUCCUCAGUAAAGAGGAUAACAUGCUGUACGUUGGAGCUCGAGAGACUCUCUUCGCACUCAAUAUCACCGAUAUCAGCAGAACACAGCUGCAGCGUAAUUUAACAUGGAGAACACCACAGAUAAAGAGAGAAGAGUGCAGUUUCAAAGGGAAAGAUUUACAGACUGACUGCUUCAAUUACAUCAAGAUUUUACUGCGUGUGAACAGCACUCACCUGUACGUUUGUGGAACAUAUGCUUUCAGCCCUAUCUGCGCAUACAUCAACACAUCUGAUUUUUCCCUGGUGCGCAAUGAAAUGGGAGAAAUAGUCAUCGAAGAUGGUCGCAGCCGGUGUCCUUUCAACCCUGAAUACAAGUCUACGGCUAUCAUGGCCGAUGGAGAACUGUAUGCCGGCACAGUCAGUAACUUCCAAGGGAAUGAACCCAUCAUUUACAAGAGCCUUGGCCAGGGUACAGCGUUAAAGACUGAAAACUCACUGAACUGGCUUCAAGACCCUGCUUUUGUGGGCUCAGCUUAUAUUCAGGAGAGUUUGCCCAAAGGCAACAUGGUUGGCGAUGAUGAUAAGAUUUACUUCUUCUUCAGUGAAGCGGGAAAGGAGUUCGAUUUCUUUGACAACACCAUUGUGUCACGCAUCGCUCGUGUUUGUAAGGGUGAUAAAGGUGGAGAGAGGGUCCUUCAGAAGAAAUGGACAACCUUUCUGAAAGCCCAGCUCCUGUGUUCACUGCCUGAUGAUGGGUUCCCUUUCAACAUCAUCCAGGACAUGUUUGUACUGACCCCCAGCAAGGAGGCCUGGAAGAGUACUGUGUUUUAUGGAGUCUUCACCUCACAAUGGUACAAAGGUGCGUCAGACAGCUCAGCUGUAUGUGCAUUCACCAUGGACCAGGUCGAAGAGGCGUUUAAUGGACGUUACCGGGAAGUUAAUCGCGAGACGCAGCAGUGGUACACCUACAACCAUCCGGUACCAGAACCCAGACCUGGAGCGUGCAUCACUAACACGGCCCGCGCCCAAGGGAUCUCCUCCUCCCUGCACAUGCCUGAUAAAGUGUUGAACUUUGUGAAGGACCACUUCCUCAUGGAUAGCAUGAUCCGCAGCCAGCCUCUGCUUCUCAAACGAAACGUGCGCUACACGCAGCUCGCAGUGCACCGAGUACAGGCUCUUCACAAGACAUACGAUGUGCUCUUCAUCGGCACAGAUGAUGGCAAAAUUCACAAAGCCAUCAACGUUAAAGACAAGAUGUAUAUCAUUGAAGAGCUGGUGAUUUUCCCCGAGCCUCAGUCUGUACAGCACAUCGAAUUGGAUGAUGAGAAGGGGCUGUUGUUUGUGUCCAGCUAUUCUGGGCUGGUUGAAAUCCCUCUUGCCAACUGCUCCAACUACCAGAGCUGUGGAGAGUGUUUGCUGUCUAGAGAUCCUUACUGUGCCUGGACAGGGAAGCAGUGUUCAAAUAUCAAACAUGCGCCAACUAAGAGUCACUGGCAACAAGAUGUUGAUAACGCCGACACUGCAGUGUGCAAAAUAACAAUCGCUAACCCCCGUUCUGCAAAACCAACUCCACCACGUGUUCCAUCAUGCCAUGUGGUACAAAUACCAGCCAAUAUAUUUACGGUUCUUCCCUGCAAGCUGCGAUCCAACUUGGCUGAGAGGCGAUGGGAAUACAGUCAUACCGCUGAGCGUUUUGUCUACCCUAGUCCUGACGGCGGGCUGGUGGUUGUAGCCCAAGUGGACAAGGAGGAGAUCUACCAAUGUUGGUCAGAAGAAGGUGGCUACCGACAACUUCUGGCCAAUUAUUGCGUCAAAGUGGAGCACGAAAGCACCACCCUGACUGGACGUUCCCGAAUGCAGCUGGUACCCCAAGGGGAAGCGAUUAUUCUACCCGGGGAAACACGGUCGCCGCAGAAAACCAAAACAUACUGGAAUGAGCUGAUUGUUGUGUGUGCCUUACUCGUGUUCUCCCUGGUGGUCCUUUCGUUGUUCGUGGCGUACAGGAACCGAGGCAGGAUGAAGUCCAUGCUGAAGGAAGGCGAGUGCCCCAACAUGCAACAGAAGAAACCGCGAAUUCCAGGGAAGCACACGGAAAGCCUUCCAUUAAAUGGCAACAACAUCCCACCCUCAGUGUCUGACCACAAGGGCUACCAGACGCUCAAUGAUAACUACAUCUGCAGCACUCCCACCCACGAAUGCUCCUCACCCGAGAACAGCAAGAGCUUCUCCGAAUCCGAAAAGAGACCUUUGAACUUAAAAGAGAGCCACGUUGAGAUCUCGCCGACUUGUCCACGGCCUCGAGUGCGACUGGGCUCGGAGAUCAAAGACUCGAUCGUUUAAUUCUGUUCGGGAUGACUGUUAAAAAAAGUGGCCUCUGAACUGAACAGCACCAAGUGAGGGACAGACUGAAAAUGACUGGAAACGUACCAUCACUGGGUUUUAUUUUGCACUUUGUCUCCUCUCAUUUUGUCUUGGUGAUCUGUUCACAUUUCUCAGUCACUGCCAAGUCUGUGAAACCCCCAGAGCCACGCUGACCGGGACACAAGGCCUAGAGUACACUUUGAAAAAUAAUAAUGGGCAUUGCGAGACAUGCCGAUCUUGCCGUCCCACCCGGUCCGUCCAAAAAUGUCUGGUGGCAUCUGUGUGAAAGCAAUACGAUGCCCUCAGGGUUCACUAACCUGUCAUGCUCCUAUCUCAUCCCUCGGUCUGCCACGUAGAGUUGGUCGUCCUGUGAACGAGAAAACGAA